AUGAGUGAUUUAAGUCCCCAUCAGCAAACGGGAGUGCAGCUUGGUCAUCAGGUAUCCGAAGAGGAUAUUAAACGGUACAGAGAAAUCUUUCAGCUCGUGGAUCGCGAUGGAGGAGGUGAAAUCGAACAGGAAGAGCUUGGUACUUUGAUGAGGACUCUGGGCUUGAAACCUUCGGAUGAAGAAAUCAACGAGAUGAUGAAAGAGGCUGAUGCCGAUAAUUCAGGUGCCAUCGACUUUGAUGAAUUUGUAGCCGUCAUGUCGAGGAGCGUUCAAUCGCAAUAUACCGUCGAGCAGUAUAUCAAUGCUUUUAAAACUUUUGAAACUGAUGAUUGUCCCUAUGGAGUAGUGAAAACCAAGGUGUUGGAGCAUGCCUUAACCACCUACGGCGACAAUCCAAUUACAUUACAGGAGGCUACUGAAUUGUUGGCCAAUGUGGAUCCAGAAAAUACGGGAAAGAUUAAUUACAUUAAUUAUAUCAACAUGCUGGCCGUUCAAUCAGGAGGUCAACAGCAACAGAAAAAUAGUUAA